GGAAAAUCAGAACAGAACAGAAACAUCGUCACACAGACAGUCCCUUGUUUUCUUUUUCCUCCCAUGUCCCCAAAAUCGACCACCUUUGUAUAUUAUCUUGCAUUAAUUAAUCAAACAUCUCAAGAGUUUUGAAUCCCAUCAGGUGUAAUAGUGAACAAAAAAACAGUCCACCACUGCUCUUUCUUUUAUGGGCGUCUUUCCUCUGUUGUUCUGAAUAAUCAGCACAAGAACAAGAACCCUUUGUUUAUGCUUGGUCUUCGAGUGUUCAGGCUGAAAAAGUGAAGCUUGACUGCAGCUCAUCAUGAGGGAAGAAAUCCCAUCUGCUAAUAACCCUAAAGCUUCCAACUUUGCUGAUCAAAACCAGCCUCCGAAAAACAACAAUGGAAAUGCGAAGGCAAACAGUAAUGUCCCAAAGAUGAAAUCUUCGUGGGGCUCGAACAUAGUAAAAGGGUUUUCAGGCGACAAAAAGACCAAAACCAGAGUAGUCCACGUCACAGCUCAGACCAAAAAACCGCCGCUCACUGGCGCUGACGUGGCGAACCAGAGAAAUAAUCAUCAGCCGCCUUCGGUCUCGAAUUCGAGGAUCAAAAGAUCCCUCAUUGGUGACCUCUCGUGCUCGAUAAACGCUACCCAAGUGCACCCUCAGACAAUUCACAGCAAGACUAAAUCUUUUACAGCUUCUUCGGAGGAUCUUUUUCUCGAAAUCGAUCACUUGAGGAACUUGCUGCAAGAAUCCAAGGACAGGGAGGUCAUUUUGCAAGCCGAGCUUUCGGAGUGUACGAAGAAGGAGGUCGAGAGGGAGCUUGAAUCGAAAAGGAGUGAAGUUAAUGGACUUCUCAAGAAAGUGGGUUUGCUCGAAGGAGAAAAGGCAAAUCUUUUGUCUCAGGUUGAGGCCUUGAAUUCUGUAAUGGGAAAAAAGCAAGAUGAGAUUUUGAUAACUGAGGUACAUGAUGAUGAUUUGAGUAGUGUGGAGAUGGAGGUUUUAGAGUUGAGGCGCUUGAACAAGGAGCUGCAGCUUCAAACGAGAACUCUUUCUGGGAGGAUUGCAACCUUGGAAGCCCAAUUAGCUGCCCUUUCUAAAGUUCAUGAGAGUAACACUGUGGAGCAAAUUAAGGCAGAGGCCUCUUUGCUAAGGCACACCAAUGAAGACCUCAGCAAGCAAGUCGAAGGUCUUCAAAUAAGUCGGAUGAACGAAGUUGAAGAACUAGCUUAUCUAAGAUGGGUCAACUCAUGUUUAAGAGAUGAAUUAAGAAGUUGUUCUAACAACAAUCUUUCUGAUAAGCACUCAUCAAGCCCAGAAUCCAUUUGCUUUUCGCCUUAUCCAGUUGAGGAAGAAGAUUCUGAUGACAACAACAACACGGCCACUAAGAGGCAGCUGUACCUUGUCAAAAAGUUCAAAAAAUGGCCGAUUACCGAUGAAGACUUGCAACAAAUAAAGAACCGGAACUUUACAUGGGACGAACAAAAGAGUUCGGCAAGAAGGCACUCUAUUAGUGGAACAAAUUGCUGUCCAAAAGAUUUAGCAUUUAAUAAUAAAAAGAGACAGUCGGAUAGCUUUAUAUGCUCGAAAGAGGCAUUAGUUUCGGAAAAAUACGACUUGGAAGUAGUAAGCAACCGUGCCCGAGUUUAUUCGACGGCCUCUUUAGAUGUUGUUGAGAAAAAAAGGGCUUUGAGAAUUGCUAAUCCUCCUCCGAGACCUUCUUGCAGUGAUUCAAGAGAAUUAAUAAAGCAAGAAACUUUUUUGGCUUCUUCUUCCGGUUUUCCCCCUUCAGCUCCUCCUCCACCCCCACCACCUCCUCAAAGACUAAUGGUGGCUCGGGCCACAACGGGCGGGAAAGUUCAGCGGGCCCCACAGGUAGUCGAGUUUUACCACUCGCUCAUGAAGAGAGAAUCGAGAAAGGACUGCUUGAAUUCGGGGACUACGGAUGAAUUAAGUGUAGCGAAUGUUCGGAGUAGCAUGAUAGACGAAAUUGAGAACCGUUCGUCUCAUUUGCUUGCGAUAAAGGCAGAUGUUGAGACUCAAGGAGAAUUUGUGAACUCUCUAAUACAAGAGGUCAACAGCGCGGUUUACCGAUAUAUUGAGGAUGUUGUUGCGUUCGUGAAGUGGCUUGAUGAUGAACUCUGCUUUCUCGUGGAUGAAAGGGCAGUUUUGAAACACUUUGAAUGGCCGGAAAAGAAAGCGGACACUUUACGUGAGGCGGCAUUUGGAUACAGAGAUCUGAAAAGGUUGGAGCAAGAAGUUAUAAAUUACAAAGAUGAUCCUCAUUUGCCAUGUGAUCUUGCAUUAAAGAAAAUUGCAGCUUUGUCCGAAAGAAUGGAACGUACUGUGCAUGAUAUUCUCCGAACAAGAGAUUCACUAAUGAGGCACUGCAAGGAGUUCCACAUCCCGACAGACUGGAUGUUGGACAUGGGAAUAUUAAGCAAGAUAAAGUUUGGCUCGGUGAAGUUGGCGAAAAUGUACAUGAAGAGAGUGGCAAUGGAACUUCAGUCCAAGGGAGGAGGAGUACCACCCGAUAAUAAUAAAGAUUCGUCCUUGGAUUAUAUGUUACUUCAGGGCGUAAGAUUUGCUUUUCGAAUUCAUCAGUUUGCUGGAGGAUUUGAUUCUGAGACAAUGCACGCGUUUGAGGAGCUUCGAGACCUUGCUGUUGUUUUGAAUAAAAGCAGAGAUUGAAAAGGGAUAUAUGAUAUUUCUUGUGUUGAAAGAUGUGUUAUAUAUCUACUCUGUCUUUUGGCUUACCUUCUCGGUGAGCGUAAAAAGCUUAACGUAUGAAGAAGAAGAAUAUUAUAAUUUUGCUAAGCUAGAGUGGUUUGGAGAAUUUUUCAUUGUAUUUUUACUCUUUUAACGAGUCGUGUUUUGAAGGCAUUGUUCAGUCAAUUUGAAUUGAAUGAGAGAAUAAGCGUGACUGAAUUUUUUGCUGAAUUUUCUGAAUUUGGGUGAACUAAAAACUCAAAUAAACUACAUCG